GUAAGAGGAGCCAAAAGCUGUAAGAAAACAACAUGUCUUGCAGUAAUGAGGGUCCAAGAACUAGUAGAACCAGGACAACAGCAGAUGAGCUGAUUGAACCAUUCUACAAACUGGACUCCCUUGAGGGUUAAUUUUCUCUCAACCCAACCACUCUUACUGACUUACUGCUACCAAGAAAGCCUGGGCAGAUGUAUUUAAAAGGAUUUGGGGAGGCUGAAGUAUAUGCCCAUGAUCUGAAUAUUUGCAAUUAUUUUGGUUUCUAUUUCACUGUUAGAACAAAUUAUGACAUCGACAUCAAAAGGAAUUUUUCGCCCAUUUUUAAUUAUCCUCGUUGUCCUGGGUUGUUUCAUGGCAUUUCUGCUUAUUUACAUCAAACCAACAAACAGCUGGAUCUCUGGUCCUAUAGAGUCUGCCAGCUCAGUUUUGAAAAUGAAAAGCUUCUUUUCUCCAAAAAAUGAUAAUUUUAAUGAAACUACUAUAUUGAUCUGGGUUUGGCCCUUUGGUCAGACAUUUGACCUUGCAUCCUGUCAAACAAUGUUCAACAUCCAUGGGUGCCAUCUGACUAUUGACCGCUCAUUAUAUAACAGAUCCCAUGCCGUUCUCAUUCACCACAGAGACAUCAGCUGGGAUCUGACUAAUUUACCUCAGCAGACUAGACCACCAUUCCAGAAAUGGAUCUGGAUGAACUUGGAGUCUCCAACUCACACUCCACAGAAGAGCGGCAUUGAACACCUUUUCAACUUGACCUUGACUUACCGACGUGAUUCAGAUAUUCAGGUGCCUUAUGGCUUCAUGAUGGUUAGUACAACUCCAUUUACAUUUGAAGUCCCAAGCAAAGAGAAGCUGGUGUGUUGGGUUGUAAGUAACUGGAACCCUGAGCAUGCUCGAGUCAAGUAUUAUAAUGAGCUUAGCAAAUACAUUGAAAUCCAUACCUAUGGGCAAGCAUUUGGAGACUAUGUGAAUGAUAAAAACUUGAUUCCAACUAUCUCCACUUGUAAAUUUUACCUUUCCUUUGAAAACUCAAUCCACAAAGAUUACAUUACGGAAAAACUGUACAAUGCUUUUCUUGCUGGGUCUGUACCAGUGGUACUGGGCCCAUCCCGAGAAAACUAUGAGAAUUAUAUUCCAGCAAACUCUUUCAUACAUGUGGAAGAUUUUCUUUCCCCCAGAGAGCUAGCAGAGUAUCUGCUGAUGCUUGACAAAAAUAACAAACUGUAUCUUAGCUACUUUAACUGGAGGAAGGACUUCUCAGUGCAUCUUCCCAGGUUCUGGGAAUCACAUGCAUGCCUUGCUUGUGACCAUGUAAAAAGACACCAGGAGUACAAGUCUGUUGGUAACUUAGAAAAAUGGUUUUGGAAUUAA